GUUCCAGAGAAUGAUGAAUACAUUGAUAUGUUUGUCAUGGAGGUUCCCUAUCAGAAAAGGGUAUCAGCCCAUCUGGGGCUUCUGUGAACAUCCCUCAUCACCCCGUUUCCCGCCCUGCCCUACCACCUCCAUUGGGCCUAUAAGAGAGCAAGCAGAUCGGACUACUUCAGAUUCCAUAGGGCCAGGGAGGAUCACGUUAGCUUUCAGCAACUCAAAGAUGCGGAGAUCCUUCUGUCUUCAGCUUCUCUUCAUCUUCCUUCCCUUCAGCCUCCCCAAGUCCCUGCACUCAGGGACCUCUGGUACCCCAGGUCAGGACUCCUGCAAGUACUGGGGCAGCAUCUCUGAAAUCUACUAUAAGCUGAACACUACCUCUACACCUGAAGAGUUUAAUCUGCUGCUAGAGCUGAAGGACAAGACCCUUCUGAAGUCUAACCUGGCUGCCUUCCGGACCAUCUCAGAGAAGUUCAUCAAUGUCUCUAAUGUAGUGUCAUCCAUCAGUAAAAAUCUGGACUACCUGGAGGAAUUGCUGCAAACCUUGACCAUGCCCACGCCCACAUCCCAGAGAGAAGUGCAUAUCGAAGCAGAAGAUUUUAAUGAGUACUCAGAGAAGCUGCUUGUCUUCCUGGAAGCCCUGGAUGAUUUCCUGAAGCCAUUACUGAAGUGCCCAGAAACUUUCAAAGCCUCACGUAGAAAACCUUAGUUGGGGCCUUUGCACUGUCAGGGUUCAGAUUUGAGCUCAGGUCCUGGGUCCCCAGCUCUCCUCCUAGAUAUUCCUCCACUCUGUCACAGAUCUCACUGACAAUCUUAUUUAUAUAGCAAUUUAUUUAUUGUCCAUGCUAUCGUGGAGUUAUUUAUUUUAAUAAUGGAGACCCUCUCAGAAGUCUCUGAACAGAGCCCAGAGGUAAUGUGAAGCCAUUUUCAUUCGUAUUUCAGAUUUCAAAAGUGUUUCUUCUCUUCUGUGAAAAAUAAACCUUUA